UGAUGUUGAUAAACACUGUAUUUUAAGCUUACUAUCUUUUGUUGACACACGAUCCGUGUCGGGACCACUGUAGACUCUAGUUGUUGUUGCUUAACUCAUCGAAUAUGGAAGCAGGUCUCUCCCCGACAAGAAGCCAGGGAUAUUUUUUGCAAGAUUUCUCAACUUUGGCAUUUGAUUGUUUUCGUGGGUUUCACGAAAAUCGAGAGCUUUGUGAUGUCGUUCUGUGCGUUGAAGAAAGUCGAAUUCCCGCUCAUAGGUUAAUCCUAGCUGCAUCAAGUCCAUAUUUUAGAGCUAUGUUUUCUGGGAAAAUGGCAGAGAGCUCUAAAAAGGAGAUUGUACUUUGUGAUUUAAAUGGAAAGGCACUUGGACAGAUUGUUGAUUUCUUCUACUCUGGCAAGAUUGACAUCGACGAAGAAAAUGUCCAAUCAUUACUUCACACUGCUUGUUUCCUUGCGGUUUCUUCUGUGAAACAAUACUGCUGUGACUUCCUAGAACAAGAAAUUUGUAUUUUAAAYUGUCUAGGUAUUCGGGCCAUUGCCGACACUCUUUCCUGUACAGAGCUCUUUGCAGUUGCAGAUUCGUACGUCGCUGCGAACUUCUCUCAAGUUCUCCUCUGUGAGGAAUUCAUUYUACAGCCUUAUGAGUCCAUUGUYACUUUAGUUGAGCGUGAAUAUCUUGGCAUUUCUGGUGAAACUGAACUCUUGAAUGGCGUAAUCAAGUGGCUUCAUUGGGAUGGCGCCAAGAGGGGAAGAUUUGCUUACAACCUCCUCAAACGUCUUCAGCUGAUGCUAGUUGAAGUGGAACACUUGCAUAGUCUACUAAAUGAYUCAAUUCUAGCUACUAAGCCUGACUGUAUUGAAUUGAUAUUGGAGCAAAUCGAGGCCCUUGGCUCUAAAAGUGUAGUCAGUGCCUAUGAAUUCCCUUUGUUUAUGAAUAGAAAAUAUGGCAAAGCAAAGCAGGUUUUACUGGCAAUUGGUGGUGAGUCAGCAGGGGUUUUUCUGGACAGUGUUGAAUGUCUUGACUUUGACAUCAUGAAAUGGAAUUGGACAAUAUCUGCUGAUGACACAGAUCCAGUAACAUUGCCAGCAUUAUGCCAGCAUCAUAAUUACGCUAGUACUUGUAGUACAGGUAGACAUGUCUAUGUGGUCGGWGGUAGUGCAUCAUGGCAGGCCCUUGAUGUUGUYCAACAAUAUGAUUGGCCAGRUAAUAAAUGGGUGACAAUUUCAUCCUUGAACCAAGGACGUUUUGGAGCUGGUUCUGCAAUAGUUGAWGGACAGCUUCUGGCAGUUGGGGGUUGUGGUAGAAAAGGUUACCUUUCAAGUGUAGAAUCAUAUAACCCCUUGGUAGACAAGUGGACUGUUACUGCCUCUAURAAGUUACGACGCAGUUAUCUUGGUGCAGCAGGAUUGAAUGGAUAUGUAUAUACUGUAGGGGGAUAUGGGGGUGUGACUGGUGAAAACGAUUGCUGGUUAUCWUGUGUUGAGUACUACAUCCCAUCCAGUGAUACAUGGGUACCUGCCUCAUCUAUGCUGCAACCAAGAGCUUACUUUGGACUAGUUGCAGAAAAAGGUUCACUUUAUGCCUUGGGUGGGUACAAUGGUUCAUGGCUGAAAUCUGCAGAAAGGUUUGACCCACGUGAGGGUCAGUGGUACUACAUUGCAUCCAYGAAGACCCCACGUAGCAGUGGAGGUGCUUGCUCCAUCAACAACUGUAUAUAUGUUGCAGGUGGAUUUGAUGGCAUAAAGAACCUGAAUUCUGUAGAAAUGCUUGAUAUCAGGGCUGGAAAGUGGACAAAAAUAAAUCCAAUGAGGAGCGUUCGCUUUGGGAUGUCACUUGUUCCUCUUAGGAUAUGAUAGAUACUUUUAAGUUUUUAUGUUUUUGUGCAAUUUUUCAAAAAUAUGUGAAGUUAUCAUAGAGUGUUGAAAUUUUUUUUCAUUUUUCUGAUUUUUCUGAGAUGAAUUUAAUAUUCCCCUGUCAGGUAUAAGUAACUAUUAGCUACUUUUGAUUUUAGUCUUGUAAAAUAUGCUGCAUCUGCUGCACCCAACUCACUGAAGCCCCUUUGGACAAACACAAUGUAAACAGAAAGCUAACAGGGUCUAAUUUACAUUUUUUAGCCUUUUAUUGAAAUAAAUAUAUGUACAUAUAGCAUGUUAAUGUAUCACUUGUAGAGUGCUUACACUAAUGUCCAAGAAAUUAAAUGUGAAAAAUUAUUACCUAUAAUACUUUAAUAGAACAACAGUCACAUAAUUUCRUCUUGUGGCUUCCUUUUUUUGUUUUCAUCACAUUUUGACGUCAUCUGAGUGUGUAUCUAUUUGAGUACAGAUGCAUGGAAAUAUGGAACCUAUAUUAUUCACUCAAACUAUCACUCAAAUGUAACAGUUAKAACAAUUUCCCUUGUGUUCAGAAGUUAGUGUUAUGAAGACUGUUCUGAAUAAAAACUGCUAGACCAUAACUAUUUUGAUUACUAUUUCAUGGACAUCAAUGAAAUCACUCUAUCACACUGCAUUACUGUGCUUGUUAUUUCUAUGAUUGUAAAUAAAAACUGUACAUAAUAUUUUAUACUUACAAAACUAUUACUAUAUGAUACAUAAAAAUACAUGCRAUUGCUGUAAAUAGGGGUUAAAAUAAAAAUCCAUGAUAUAAUACAACUGUU